AUGGUGGCCCUGGUGUAUGGUUUCCCCAGUCGGCUGGCGGCCCUGCAGUUUGAGUGGGCAUGGCAGAAUCCCCACCGAAGCCGGCACUUGACCGGGGCCUCGGAGGAUGCGCUGCCGGCGGCACUCCCCCGGGCGCCGAAGCCGGGCAAACGCCCGGCCGCGGGUGGCGUGACCGGGCGCCUGCGGGCCCUGGCUGGGCUGCUGGCUCGGCCGGCAUGGCGUUGCCUGCCGCUGCGUGUGCAUGGUCUUCCGGCGCUCGGGGACCGGGAACGCCGGCUCCUGGGGCAGCUGAUGGCUCGGGCACGGGAACUGGCUGGCAAGAGCGCGGCCUGGGCCCCGGAGCCGGCCUUUGGACCGAUUGACCAGCUGCCCUUCCGCUUCCCGACCACCGGCUCGGGUGAAGCGUGGAACCCCCCGGCCAUGGCCCCCGAUCCGGAGGAGCCACGCUGCUCGGUAUGUUGGCGGGACCUGCGUGAUGUGCCGCCAUUGGCGCCGCAUCGGGCCCCUCCCGGGCCCGGGGCCGAGGUGGCUCGCCAGCUGGGCCUCGAUGCGGCUCUGCUCCUGGAUGAGGCCGGCGUGCCGGGUCCUGCCGCCGGUGGACGGCCGCCGGCCUGUGCCUUCGGCCCGGAUGGGCGCUUCUUUGUGGAAUGCCCCACCUGCCGGGCCCCGGCACACCCACGCUGCGGGGCCCUCUUCCUGCUGGGCCCGGCAGCUGGCGCCACGCCUGGCGAGGGGCUGCUGCUGCCGACCGCCGGCCGGUGUUGGUCAACCGCGCGCGUGACCCACGACCCCGGCACGCCGGGCUGCUUGGCCAUCCUCGCCUGGAGCGAGUGCGUGGCGGCCAUGCGCACCCGGGUCAAACUGCCCCCCGCCCCGUCGCAGCCCGGCGAUUGA